CCCUCACGAUCUACACCACCACCUCCUCCUUCUCCCCCUCCCCCUCCAGCCUCCAACCUCACCUUACCUCACCCUCGCCUUGCCUCUCUUCUCCCCCUCUACGCACCUCUUUUCACCUCCCUCAUCCUUCACGCCAACCUCUUGUCAUUCGUUUCCACCCUUUGUCCGUUCUUGGGCCUCUCCUCCUCCAACCAUAACCAACCACCCCCCUUCUUCACCUCUUCUUACGGAUAGCUCGGAAUUGCCAGAGUAAUAGUUGUUGUUGUUGCAGUCGUUGUUCACCUCCGCCAAAAAUAACAUCACCAUCAGCGUAAAUCUAACCCUAAUUCUAUUCCGUCCACCUUCCACCUUUUCGUCCUUCUUCUAUGAUCGCUUAGACGACAACUACAACCACGCUUUAUACAACCCACGCUCGCUCGUAUCUUUCUCUUCCUUGCUACGAUCCGAUUAGACGGAUGAACAGCACUAUUUCCCGACUCAUCCAGUCGUCGGCUCUACUUUAGCGCUCGUCUCAUCAGGCAAUCGCUUGCCCGCUCGCACGCGCACUCCCACGUCAGUCCAGUCGACUCGGCUCGUGAGCCAAACCCUGCACAGAUCAGAUCGCCGGGGAUCGUGAGACACUCAGACUGCCCCAAACACCCGCAAUCCCUCCGUGCCACGAGCUAGGGGUCUCAAGUCCAGCCGCAUUCCCCUGCGCCUCUUGCGUCUGUCGUCCCAUCUUCAACCUUACCGACAACCAGCAUUGCAGCCCCCUGCUACCAAUUGACCCUCCCCGACUCGAUUCCAGUCGGUCAAUCCGGUGCUGUGGUAGUCACAAGUCCAAGGAAGGCCUCCACCACGUCAGCGUUUCCUCUAGCGAACCGGCACAUCGGAGAGGGCAUAGGGCACUAUCAACGCCGUUCCCCAGACCUUAAACUCGCAAAACAGCGUGCACAUACUCUCCGACCUACCCACGCGACAACUCGUCAUUCCUGCUCCUGACCGACGGUAUAGAUUUAUCCUGGGGAAAAUCAGGGUCGCAGCCGGCUUGACUCGUCCACUACCGCAGGAAAACAUCCGGUUCAGGGGACUUCCUGUUCUCAGUUCCUCGACCUCCAACAGGAUCACCACCGAUACCUGCAACCUCAACCUCGACAUACUCUCUCCCCGGCAAAUAAUGUCAAGAUGAUGAUAUACGAGCGACCCGUUGUUGAAGAGCCUGCCGCUCUGCCUGGCUCUGGCUCGCCUCCCGGCCUGACCACCUCCAAAUCCUCCAAGUCGUCCUCCUUCCACUCCUCCUUUUCCGACCGCGACAGCGUCCUCACCGAUGUGAGCAACUUCGAGGAUAUCGGCCUCGAAGACGAUGCACCCCAUUUUGAUCGGGACCUGCAACAGCCCAAGCGCGACCCCAGUCCCUACGACGCCUCCUACGCCUCCGACUUGCGUGCCAAAUCCAUGACUAGCCUUUCAAAACCACAACAACAGCAGCGGUCUUUGUCCAAGCCGCGUAGCCCUCAAGUGUCACAGCGCGAGAUAACGACAAAGAAGAGACGGCCCAGUGCUCCGGCGUUGCAGCCUCACAACCUGAGGACUAAUGUCCGCACCACCAACACCAACCAACUGCUCUCCGAGUCAUACAUCACCUCGCAACCGCGAAGCAACAAUGGACGCCCCAACAGCCGACCUUCCGUCCCCGCCUCCAGGGGCAGCCGAACACCUAGCCCUAACAUGCGCCAACUUCGACCGAGCCUUUCGAUCAAGCCCAGCUCCUCCAGCAUGACGCUGAGGCCGCGCAGCAGCUGGCAGUCCACACGCGAGCGCAAGACCGAGGCCGAGCUGGAGCGGGAAUGCGACGAGGACGAUGGUGACGACAUUCCCGAGGGCUUUGUGCUCGACAAUGUUCCUUUGUCGCCGCGCCCCCACUCCGAGCGCACAAUGAGCCGGCCGACUUCCAAAUCGAAUUCCCCCGAGCGUUCACCUAAGCCUAGAAUCAGGAGCGUCGGCAAUGGCACCCCUGCAAGUGGCGGCGAAAGCGGCUCCAUUGGUGCACUGCGUUCGCCAUCCUGGAAGUCUGAAACCGCCUUGUCUGCGCUCAAGUCUCCUCUGUCCGAAGGCAGCUUGAGCCCUCACCUGACACGCGCCAGCAGCUGGAAUGUUUCCAUGGCUGCCCUCAACAAGGAAGCUCAAGAGCUCACCGAGAAGCUGGAAGAGCACGCCGAGGAACUCGAGGUCAAGUCACAGAGGUCGAGCACUGGCUCGAUACCCAAGCCCCGCCGGGCGAGUACCACCGAGGUCUCGCGGCCAAAGCAUAAGUCUGCCCUCGCAGAGCUGCCACCUCUGCGCCGCAGCAACAUUAUGAUCGAUCCUCUUCCUAUCUCGAAAGAGAAGGAGGCAGUUCUCUCCCGCACACGUCCCUCGUGGCUGCCACCCAAGGACCCCGCCGAGGAACGUCGUCAUCUGAAGGAAUACCAGAAGAUGAUGCAAAGGAGCGCCGAGAACGAGCGUCGCAGGGAGGAGCAGAAGAAGGCCAUGUCCAAGAACAAAGACACGGCGGCCGAUAGCAUCAUGCAGAUCUGGGAACACGAGAUCGUCCCACGCUGGAACGAUGCUAUCCGCGAGCGCCGCACCCGCGAGCUCUGGUGGAGGGGCGUCGCCUCCCGGAGUCGCGGUGUUGUCUGGACCAAGGCGAUUGGCAAUGAUCUCGGUCUCUCCGAGAAGUCGUUCGAGGCCGCCUUGGCCAGGGCCCAGGAGGCCGAGGCCCGUGAGAAGGCCGGCCACGGCAGCCCGGAAGAUCACAAGGUGGUGGGCUGGAUGCGCACCAUCCGCAAGGAUGUGGAAGCACAGACCUGGCGGGACCUGAAGAUCUUCCAGGCUGGUGGACCCCUGCACCAAGGCCUGCUCGACGUGCUGAGUGCCUAUGCCAUGUACCGCAGUGAUAUUGGUUACGUCACUGGUUGCAAUACCAUUGCGGCGCUACUUCUGCUUAACCUCCCGAACCCCACCGCGGCCUUCAUUGCCCUGGCCAACCUGCUCAACCGCUCUCUCCCACUCAGCUUCUACUCCGAUGACCAGGGUGCCAAGUCGUCCGCUUACAACCUCCUGCUCCAAACCCUCGCGACGAAAUCGCCGAAGCUUCACGCCCACCUGACAGCUCUACCUGACCACGAUGCAGACGUGUAUCUGGGAGACAUCUUCACCUCGCUCUUCACCGGGCACGUCGCGCUGGACGAGGCAUCGCGGUUGUGGGAUGUAUAUGUCUUCGAGGGCGAUUCUGUACUUGUCAGGGCCGGCGUCGCAGUCCUUCUGGAGCACGAGAUGGCCCUGCUCAGCACCAAGAACAUGGACGAGGUCAAGACGGCCAUCUGUGGCAAGAAGCAGAAGCUGGUCGGCAAGCCAGGGGACGAAGACCGAUGGAUGAAGUCGGUCCGCGAGGCCGGAAAGCACAACUCUUAGAGGAGCUCAAGCCCGUCAGCCUGGAGCUGGGAUGCAUUUACCCGACGAUCCACGAAGCCGCAAUCAUCGUACAAGAGUCAUGGUCCCACGACCAUCGCAACAACAACAACAAUCAUCUCCAUUUGUGUUUCUUCCUUUGCAUAACCGUAAUGAGGAACGACUCGACACGGUCUCAUCCCUGUUUUAUACACAACUUCAUAUCUUCUUCCAACACCCUAUUUUUUAAUAUCCUAAUCCUCGCCCAGCGGGCGAUCUGGAGGCGGAGAGGCAGCAUGAAAGAGAGCAUUUGGCUCGGCGGCGGUUUGGGGAUAUUUCGAAGCGAAUUUUUUAACUAGAGAGAGGUGAAGCAGCAUCUACGGAAAUCUUUGGGCUCGGUCGUAUUGCUUGACGCACAGCAUUUUCUUUCUCUCCACAAGCAACAUAUAUGGCGCCUUUGUGUGGCCUUUUGGGAAUUCUUUUGUCAUUUCACACCCCGAGGUCGUCUCCGCCACUCAAGUGCUGAGCGGACAUGGAGACGACGCCAGGAGGAAGUCAGCAAGCAUCUUGCGGCCCUUGAUCAUUUUUUUUGCCUAUCAGGGAACCAACCAGCCACGGAGGAGAGCGAGGGAGGAGAGACAGAGACAUAACAGGAACACGUACAUACUUGUAGUACGGACUCGAAGUCAUACCGACCGAGAACGUGCACGCCUGUGUACAUGGAACACCAACCAACCCAUGCGGUGCGGAGGGGUUUUUGGUGUGAGGGAUGUAUAUGCCGAGCGACGGGAGGUGUAGAAGACCGGUAUAUACAUAAAGAGGGAGGAAGGAAAACCUGCGUGGGGGGCCAAAGCCGAGCGGGGCCCGCGAAAAAAAGGAUUUGGUUUAUUAGGAUCAGGCGAGGGGAACGGGAGAAGGGCCGGGUGGGUGGAUCGGGGUUGUAUUUAUGUCUUUGGGCCCGGUGAGGCGUGGAAAUGCCGCCGGGGGCCGGCCUGGAAAUAUAUUCCGUUGGAUACCA